AUAAUUUGAAAUGACAGAACCAGAGCCAGAGCCAAAGCAUCCUUAUGUUACUGCGGUGAACGGUAGAGUUCACUUUGGAUUUAGCAUCGUAGUGACUGUAAUGUCUGUUGUGCAGGUUAUCCUUGGGAUUGUUAUAAGUGAGCAAGAGGUAAAGGAGAUCGCCUGGGACAUGGAUGGCAAGAACACCAACAGAGGGCAAAGAGACGAAUUUGAUGAAUGGUUUCAUGGGGAUCACGUCUGGAUUGGAUUUGUGGGAUUCACCCUAGCUGCUCUCGGUUUUUCUGUUUGGCAUACUCGUGCUAGAGCUAAUGGCAUCAUGCUAACAAUAAUACUAUUCCUUGCUGGAUUCAUCAUAUACCCUGUUGCUGCUGGAUUGGGUGGAGGUUACACCGGUGUCGGGUGGUCUGGGUAUUCUGGAAGUCAGUACCAGGACGGAAUUACGAGAUUGAGAAUCGGUUCAGCCAUUUACACAGGAGUACAGGCAAUAGUGGUUAUAACAUGGGCUUUCUACACUGCUUUCCAUGCAUGCUGCAACUCGAAAGUAAAGACGCAGACGCGUCUAAAUAUGCCUGGGGGUCAGAUGUUGAUGCAAGCUCCUUCAAAUCACCAGCAGGUCGUAUACGUCCAGCAGCCAGGUCAACAACCGGUACAGUACACUGGAGGUCAACAACCGGUACAGUACAUUGGUGGUCAACAACCGGUACAGUACACUGGAGGUCAACAACCGGUACAGUACACUGGAGGUCAACAACCGGUUCAAUAUAUCGGAGGUCAACAACCGGUUCAGUACAUGGGGGGUCAACAACCGGUGUAUGUGGUUCAAGGACCACCUCAAUACGUUCCACAGGCUCAAGUUCCAGUUCAAGUUCAGCACGGUGCUCCAGCCUCUGCCCAGCCCGAAGGAGGAGAUCGCGGUUUUGUUAACCAUCAAUAUGCGACUGAAUAUUAGUGUUUUAUUACAGCCCACCGUCUUACAGCGAAUAAAGCACGUUACCCUAAACCUCACACCGACGCGAGUUGUGUCACGUGAUAAGUAACCCGUGUUACGUGCAUUACCAGGACAACAUGGUACACUGCAGACUACACAGUCUUCAAUCUUCAUGAUCUUUACCCAUCUAGAAGUGACUUCUACUAACUUCUUUCAUUAUAUUACGAAAAUAAUUAAUAUGUUAUUUAGUUAUUAGGAUGAUUUUCACGGUGAUUUACUUUUCCUUAGUAGUUCUCUAUUCAACUUGCGCCAAAACGUAUAACAUUAGAUUAUGUCUUAUCAAAUAUUAUGUUACAUAGCUGUUGUAAAAUUAGUCUACUAUUACGUCACAGAAUGUAAAUUUGGUAUAUUGCAGAUCAUGAACGAAUAGAUUGAUUUACUUUAGGAAUUUUUAAAUUCCUAAAAACGAUAACAAUCUUUUUAAUUCAAUUACUAUUCAAGUCUUGUGUACAUAUUUUUAGUGGCUUAGCUUUUCGAAAUCUUCUUUUAAAUAUUUAGCUUUGUUGUUCAAUUGAAUUUUCUUUGUAUACAAUAUCAUUGUGUACAUUAUGGUGUGCAUACUAAAUUUGAUGUCAGUACAGUUAGUUGUCAGUUAGUACAGCUUGUAUAUUGGUGUGGUCAGUCAGUAUUCCGGUGUUGACACGCUCAAUCCCACACAUUGCACAAACAACAUUUUCAGAACUGGGCCUGAUUUUCAUUCCAUUAUUUUGUCACAGUUACGUAUAUAUUAUGGUUUAGUUUAAAGAUAUUUGUGUUAACACACAGUAGACAGAAUGUUAUCAUUUCAUUGCUUUUAUUAGAAUAUUGUAAAAAUGUUUUUUCUAAUAAUUAUACUAAA